GCGAUAGUGGUCGAAGUUGGAACGAAUUCAUCCGUGGCCGCGCAGGCGCAACGUUGAACGUCUUGACGUGACGUAAUUGCCCAUUCAUAGUUUUUAUUCAUUGAGAAAUGAAGUUUUCAAAACAUUUUCAUGAUCAUGUUAUGUUGUAUAGAGUUAAUGAUUCGAAAUGUGAGAUAAGUGUUUAAUUACAAAUUUGUAUCCAAACCUACAAAAGGAUUAAAAAGUUAGACCAAGUGCGUUCAUUCAUUGAAAAGAGUGUUCAGUGCAUGUAUGUAUUGAGCACAUGCGCAAUGCAAGCGUGAAUUCAUUCGGUUUACUGUGUGUGAUAAAUGUAUAUUCAAAACAUCGACGAAAAUGUGGAUUCUUAGAGUGAACUUUGUGUAUGGAUUUCAAUUACCCAGCUAAUUCGAAAACAGGCUCAAGUAGACCAUUACGACACUCCGGAAGUGGCGGGACAAGCCGGCCGAACGGGCUCGUUCCGAAAGAGAUAACAGCGGAUGAAAGAGAUAAACAGUUAUGGAUUUAACAUGGCGGACGAUAUGCGUAAAGUGCGAGUUGAAGAAAGAUUGAAAAUAAAGAUCGGUGAAGCCAAAAAUUUGCCAGGGCGCAGCCAUGGGGCGGCCUGCCACCGUGAUAUUUACUGUGUGCUGUCGCUCGACCAAGAAGAAAUAUUUCGCACUUCCACCAUGGAGAGAACCCUCAAUCCAUUCUUCGGCGAGGAGUUCCAAUUCGAGGUGCCGCGACGAUUUCGAUAUCUUUCCAUAUACGUGUUCGAUCGUGACAAGCACCUUAAACAAGACAAAGUCCUCGGUAAAGUGGCGAUCAAAAGAGAAGAUCUGCACCGGUAUAACAAUAAAGACCAUUGGUUUGCGUUACGACCGGUCGACGCUGACUCUGAGGUGCAAGGGAAGGCAUACAUUGAACUCACCCUUGAAGACUCCAGAAAAAGAUUACGAAUGGAACCGAAACCUCCCGACCCGGAUCCUACCGUUGACAACUGUUCGACAAAAGCUAAAGGAAAUAACCUCAUACGAUUAUCCGAAUAUUGUAAAGAGAGUAUGAGAUUUGGUUCUUGCUCGAGUUCUACUAGCAAGAAGCUUCUGAGUGCGGUAGCGACGGAGCCCUCUCUUUCGUUAUCGCGAUCGGAAAGUUUAAAGGAUCGGGCACAAUGGGCAGCUCGCACGAAGCCUCCCAUGCAUGCGAUGCCUGAAUCUGAUGCGUCCCCCACCCCCACCGCCGCUGACUACUGGUCAGACCCCGAGAGGCAUUGUGCAGCGCGAGUAGGACAUGACACCCUACGUCUGCGAGUGCUGGAAUGCUCUGAAUUAACCACUAAGAAUGGACAGUGUGACCCGUUUGCUCUCGUCACGUUAUUAUAUUCGAACGGACGAAGAGUUGAAAAACGUACGAAACCUAAAAAGAAGACUGUUAAUCCACAAUUUGAUGAAAUUUUUUGUUUUGAUCUCGUUAUGGACGCAGAUCCCAAGGAUAAAGAUGGCUCACAAACGGCGGGAGUGGCCUGUGAAGCCAGAGUAUCGGUGUGGCAUGAUGCUGCGACACCAAUAUUUCUGGGAGAAGUACGACUGCAACUGCGACAACCUUCACCGACCCCUUUACGUGCCUGGUUCUUCUUAACAUCUCGCGCGGGUGGAGCACUAUCCCGCGGCGCGACUCCGCCCGGCACGCGGCUGUCGGCUGCCGGCAGCGCCACGCUAGGCUCGCUGCGACUACUGCUACAAUACACUGUAGACCACGUUUUCCCACUGCAGCACUACAGGACACUCGAAGAAUUAUUUCUACGGAGUGUUCAUCAGAAGCCCAUAACAGCGUCGGCAGUGUACAUAUUGGGGGAGAUAGUGUCGAGUAAGACAGACGCGGCGCAACCCCUCGUAAGGCUAUUCACACAUCAUGAUCUCAUUGUACCCAUUGUCAAGGAGCUUGCAGAUGCUGAGAUAUCUGCGCUUACUGACGCAACAACGAUAUUUAGAGGCAACACCCUUGUCUCGAAGAUGAUGGACGAAGCGAUGCGGUUGAGCGGCGCGUCGUACUUGCGUGCGGUGUUACGGCCAACAUUGGCCGCAGUGUUGGCCGAGCGACGGCCAUGUGAGAUAGACCCCGCGCGGGUCAAACCCUCGGCCGCCGUCACUGCCAACCUCGCCAACUUGAAAGACUAUGUGGAACGGGUGUUUGCGGCGAUAACAUCGUCGUACGCGAUGUGUCCGUCGGCGAUGUGUCGUUUGUUCGACGCACUGCGACAGUGCGCGGCGCGUCACUUCCCACGGAACGCCGAGGUGCGGUACUCUGUGGUCUCAGGGUUCAUCUUCCUGAGGUUCUUCGCGCCUGCCAUACUUGGACCCAGGCUUUUUGAUCUCACUACUGAGCAAAUUGACCCACAAACAAACCGGACGUUGACAUUGAUCUCUAAGACGAUUCAGUCGCUGGGCAACCUGGUGAGCAGUCGGUCCGCGCAGCAAGUGUGCAAGGAGGAGUACAUGGCUGAACUCUAUCGCAGUUUCUGCACGCCAAGACAUGUGCAAGCAAUAAAGCAGUUUCUCGAAAUAAUCUCCACAAGCACGGAUACACAGAACAACAACAUACAAGAAACGCCCGUGCUGCUCAAAGAAGGAACGAUGAUCAAGCGGUCGGAAGGAGUUCGGACGGGUGCAGGCUCGCCUCGCCGUCGGUGGACUCGAGCCGCGCAUGCUUACGCUAAGCGAAGACAUUUCAGGCUCACCAGUGGCGAGUUGUCAUGGUCGCGCACAGGAGCUCGCGCGACUGCGCAGCGCCUGCCAUUGUCCGGGGUGCUGGCCGUCGCCGCGGUGGACUGCCCCACCGCUGGGGCUCCGCUCGGCGCCAACAAUAUCUUCCAAAUAGUGCACCGCGAGCGAGUACUGUUCGUGCAGGCCGCCAACUGCGUGGAGCGCGCGGAGUGGGUGCGGCUACUGAGCGCGCUGUGUCGCCACGAGCGCGCCGCCGCGCCGCACCGCGGGUACUACGCCGACUGCCACUGGACCUGCUGCGGCCGCCCCGACGCCGCCGCCGAGGGCUGCGCCGGGCCCGACCCCGAGCUCACGGCCAGCGGCGCGCGCGAGGCCGUGCCCCCGCGCGGGCACACGUCCCGCGCGCGCCCCCCGCCGCGCCCCGCCGAGCCCGACACCGCGUCGCGCGCCGCCGACCUGCACAGCCUGCCGUCCGACGACUGCUGCCGGACCGACGCUGUCUCCACGGACGAUAGCCUACUCGACGAAUUACAACGGGACGCAUACUGCGUGCUCAAGGUGUGCGAGGAUGAGCCGCCCACGCCCGAAACUCCUAUGGAAUCCACACCGACUGAAGAGAAGCGUGACGCAGGGCCAUUUUCUCGAGUUUGCGCUCAACGAAAAUCUAACCCAAUAAAAAGUCAAGCGACUUCAACGCGACCACUGAAAACCUCUAGCUCGACGUCUAACGUCCACGACGCAGGUUCUACGUCGUCGCGUCCGCUAGCCGAGCGCCUGACGCCCUUCUUUCUGAAGAGAAAGUCAAAACCGCCAGAGGAAACGCAGACGGCGCCUCGACCUACGCGUAAGGAGGAAAAUCUCAUCGGACGGCUGACACCCCGCUUCGGCCAGUCCAGACUAUACGGGCGGGGACAGUCGCUGGAACUAGCGCCGCCGGACGGACGGACGAAACGCAUCGAACGCUCGGCCACGACCGUCAACAUCCCGACUCGACCGAUAAAUUCUUCGAUCGUGGCCAACCUUAAGUUCCUGAGCCUACACCGGUACGGCGCACAGGAGGACGUGCAGUGCCGCGCGUUCGGUCGCACGGAGCCGGAGCCGGCGACGGAGGCGGGCGGCGCGGGCGCGGCCGCCCCCGCGGCGCCGGCCGACGCGCACGACGCGGCGUGGCGGCGCACGUCGCUGCUGGCGGCCGCCUCCAACGAUAUUAGACUGUAGCCUGUGCAGUCUGUGCACCGAGACUCUACCGUUCCGUGUCACACGCGGUGGGACUGUAUAUUCUUAGAAUAAGAUUGUAUUUAUUUCUAUAUUUUUCGAGAUCCUUUUCGUCGACCUGAAGUGUGUGCCUCCUCUAGAUAGUAGUCUUUUUCUGGAAGAAAGCCGGUACGUUUAAGUAUAUUAUGAUAUGGUAGCGUUAAUGCGUAAAUACUCAAAAGGUGCCAAGUGUUGUGCGACUUUUACGUGGAUAUCGAACGUACUCUCAUUCCUGUAGCACGAUAAUAUUGUAAAACUCUAAACAUUGACAUGAUUUUUUAUUGUUUUGUAUGAUCGGUGUCCUAUCUAAACUUGAACUUAGCAAUACGUUGUAGCGUAUUUUUAUAUAUUUUUAAAUUUAGUACGGUACUAGUUGACACGUGCAUGUAUUUCGCGCAAUUAAAUAUUUAACAUUUAAAUUUUUACUGUGAAAUUAGAACUAUUCCGUUUAAUAUCUGCUCCAUCACAACCUCUCCCUGUUCAAUACUGCACAUGUAAAAUGCUCAUUGCUCAUCUCUUCCCACCAUAGUGUUAAGCACAAAAUUAAAAAAAGCCUUUUAAAAUUAAAAACCCUAAACAAAGGCUGGUGCUAUCAACAAACUUUGCUAAUUGCAGUUCACUUUAUUUAAAUACAUAGGAAAUAUUAAUCUUUAUAAGACAGCUUGCUGUGGUAUAUCGGUACGUGAUUCCAAUGAGUAUAAGAAGGAAACUAGUGUGAUAUUAUGGGUGUUAAUAUUUUUAGAAUAGGAAUUGGGUGUGGCUAGUAUAUGGACUGACAUGUAACGUAACAGACUGAACAAAGAAUACAUACUAUUUUCGUAAACGCUCUGCCAUGGGAGCAAAAUGGCCAAUUUAUUGGGACUUUCGGUACGUGAGAAACUCGCGGUGAGUUCAGUCGAACAGAGUGAGAGAUGUACUCAUUUUUAAGUGGAGCUCGUAUUAAACGGAACACACCAAAACAAUUUCAGGUUCUUUGAGCAAUUUUAAAUACUGUUACAGAGUAACUUUGUAAAUAGUUUCUCAAAAUCUGCACGGCUUCUUGACAAAUUGUUACCUCUCCAAUUGUAGCACCGUAAAUGUGUACUUAAGUUUGAUAAUACCGAUAUCAAAACCUUGUCAUCUAAUUACUCAAACCUGGGCCUCUAGCCAAAAACCACUUUAGCGCUUGUCUACAGAGAGAGUAGAAAUCAAAAUGUAUGGGGAUGAC